AUCAACCCUUCAUGCAUCUCUUCCAUCUCGAGAACCUCUCGGAUUAACGACGAUCAGCUUUAACACGUAGCAACAUGGCUGCGAACACCAGAUACGAGGCGGCUCCCCAGCGGGACUCCUUCGAGGACGACCACUACACUCAGCCGCCGCCGUCUUAUCAGGCAACCGACGUUGGUCAUGAGCCGGCCCCGCGCAGCGAGGAUGAUAAUGUUCCGGAUGAUUUUAAGUUUGGGGGAAUGGUUGCGGAGGGCACGCUGCCCGUUCGGAUGCAGUUCGUGCGGAAGGUUUAUGCAAUUCUAACAAUGCAACUCCUCCUCACGACCUUCAUGAGCUCCAUCUCCUUCUUCAGCGACACCUAUCGCUCCUGGAUUCAGUCCAACUUCUGGCUCAUGAUCGUCUCCGUCUUCGGCGCCCUCGGCAUGAUGCUCGUCACCUACUGGAAGCGCAAAAGCUACCCGGCGAACCUGCUCUUCCUCUCCGGCUUCACCAUCCUCGAAGCCUACUCCAUCAGCGUGGCGGUCUCCUUCUACGACGCGCGCAUCGUCGUGCAGGCGCUCGUCCUCACGCUCGGCAUGUUCGUCGCGCUGACGCUCUUCGCGUGCCAGACGCGCUACGACUUCACCAACUGGAUGCCUUAUCUGUUUGGGGCGCUGUGGUUCGCGAUCCUGUUCGGAUUCGUGGCCAUGUUUUUCCCCGCUAGCGGAACUGUGCAGCUGGUUUAUAGUGGACUGAUUGCGAUCAUCUUCUGUGGUUAUAUCCUUGUUGAUACGCAGAUGAUCAUGCGCCAUUAUCAUGUUGAGGAGGAGAUUGCUGCUUCGAUCGCGCUUUACCUGGAUAUUCUCAAUUUGUUCUUGGCUAUUCUGAGGAUUCUGAAUAACCAGAGCAAUAACUAGUUUGCCACCAUCGCCAGCAGAACCAGUCUGGACUUUUACCCCCAUCCAUCCAUCCAUCCAUCCAU